GAGCUUCAGUUCACACUAGUUCACGGUGGAGAGAGUUGCUAACCCCAAGGGUUUCAUUUAGUACUUUUAAAACAUAUUUAAGGGCCGUGAUCGCACAGGAAAAACAAGAUUUGUUUUGCCAACGAUGAAGUAAAGAAGAAGUGUUUGAAUGCAAAUUUGGAGGGGAUUUGGCAUCCAUGGAGUCCAACCUGUCCAGCCUGUCUUCCAUCAAAGACGAGCAGGUGGUUUACAUCCAGCCCACCUACAAGGAGUCCUACCGCCUGGCCAUCUACGCGCUGCUCUGCGGGGGCACGGAGGCCUACGAGGCCUAUCUCCGGGCCGAGCACAUCCAGCACUUCCUGUCGGAGCAGGAGAUACGCUUCAUCUUGGAGAAUGCCGAUCUGCCGGCCGUGGAGGAGGAUCCGGGAGCCGUGCGGUGUGCGGACGAGGGCGGCCCCUCCACCUACUUCCCCACCGAGUCGGACGAGGAGGUGCCGGACCUGGACCUGGGCUGGCCGGAGCUCUCGCCGGACACGGUGGACACCAGCAUCAGCCUGCUGUUCCACCCGCCCAGACACAACACGCCCACCGUGAAGGAGGUGGUGCGGAAACAGAUCCAGGAGGCGCGUCAGGUUAUCGCCAUAGCGAUGGAUGUGUUCACGGAUGUGGACAUCUUUAAGGAGAUCCUGGCCGCGGCCCUGAGGGGAGUGGGGGUUUACAUCCUCCUGGAUGAUUCCCACAUCAGCAGCUUCCUCAGCAUGUCCCGCAGCGUGGGCGUCAACAUCCACGACAUCAAGAACCUUCGAGUUCGGACAGUUCAGGGCCAGCACUAUCAGUGCCAGUCCGGGAUGAAGUUUCAUGGCGGGUUGGAGCAGAGGUUCAUCAUGGUGGACUGCCGGACAGUUUUAUAUGGAACAUACAGCUACACGUGGUCGUUUGAGAAGAUCAAUCUGAGUAUGGUGCUGGUGGUGACCGGUCAGCUGGUUUGCUCUUACGAUGAGGAGUUCAGAAGACUGUACGCCCGCUCCGUAGUUCCUUCAGUCCUGUCCGGGGAGAGGUCAUCAGUCCCACACCGGAGAGACACUGCAGCUCUGCAGAGCCAGCUAUCUCUCAAUCACACAUACAUGAGAUCCAGGAUGAUGCCCGGCAGCAGAAGUGCUCAGAAGGACAGGUUGAAUGAUAGCACUAUGUUAAGCAGGGGCUUGAGCGUGCAAGAGAGGCUGCAUCAGUUCCACGGUCCAGACGUAGAGGGUUUGGUGAGAGGACACAGCUACGCGGGGGAGUUGCAGAAGGUGAACUCCAUGACUCGGCUGAGGAUGGGGACUAAGGGCCUGGGAGUUCCUGUUCCUCGUGAGAGGACUGGAUCGAAUAUGAGAGGUGGCAGAGAUCAGCUGCAAGCACACCGGUCGUCUCAGCAGAAACGUAGGCACCAGACCCUCUAUGGUGCUUACCAGCAUCUCAUACCAUUCAACUCUGAGACGUCUCUCAACAGGUGGAAGAUUGACACUUAUCUCACAGAGAAAUAUAAGUAUGAUCCAUCUUAUGAUGCAAUUUCACCAUUGGUGUCACCACAUGGCAGCCACACAGGCUUGAAUGAGCAGCAGGCACAGAUGAUCCACAGCAGGUCAAGAGAGAUCAAGUCUAGAAUAGAAGAACUGAGACAAAAGAGGCUCAGCUUACAGGAAAAUGCCAAUCUCAGGCAAAGUCAAGAAUCCCUCAAGUCUGUGUACUCAACUUCGGAAAGACCAAAGUUUGUGUCUCCAGUGAGAGGUGUUGAUAGAAGGCCGGCCGUGACAAAUUCACAAGACAGCGGCAACCCAGACAAAAGAGAGCAAAUCUUCAACGAUGGCCAGCGCUCCCUUUCUCACGACAAUUUCAAAACGGUUGCAGAUCAAAAGCCGGAGCCGACUUACAACUGGCAAGACCCCCCUCUUUCUAAGACAAAAUCAGAUGCUGAUUUAGAUACGACUGAUACGGCACUCAAGCUUUCUGCUCUGCACUCCAAUGGUCUCAGUACCCAACAUUCACGUAUGAUGGAGUCUUUGACUGAGAUUCCUGAGGAAAAAGAAGCAUCAACUACUCCUGAUAAAAGUUUGGACUUGACCUUGAGAGGCAAAAAGGAGGAGAUUUGUAAAGAAAUGAUGCCCGCACCAUUGGAGAACUCUGUGAAAUCAAGCUUUCCUGCAGAAUCACAGUGUCAGGAUCAAGCACAAGCAAGCCAUAGUUCUGAAAUGACCAACAGCAUAUGCUCAGCUCCUCCAAGAGAACGAAGGAAGUCAUCUGACUGCAAAGAUGAAACUAAUCCAAGUGCUUCGGAAGUAUCUCAUCUCUCUGCUGAGGCCCAGAUAGGUCAUGCAGAAAAAGGGCAGACACAGCAGGAAGAGCAAGAGUUUCAGAGGAAGAACUCACUGAGAACAAAAGUACAUUCAGUCCAUGCAGCCAAUGAAAAGAAAGCUCCCAAUAAGGAGGAGAAGACGAUACAAAGACGGGCAUCACUGAGGUCUACUGCAGAGCAGACAUCCAAGAAAGACCAAGGACCGGGAAUGUCCAGAUCCCAAAACUCUCUCAGUGCGCUGCCAAAGACAGAAAAGCCAAAAUCAAAAUUAUCAAGACUCUCUCCGCAGCGUUCAAGCAAAAGAAAGACGAAUCUUACACCAGAGCUGGACAAAAGCCCAUGGAGCACCCUGGAUGGUGAAGGAGCAGCCGGCUCCCAGUCCAAGAGAGAGAGAGCCUACAGUCGAUAUGAGUUCUUGGUUCCCCCUGUCAAUGAUCCAAAUAAGCCGGUAAGGCCGACAAGAGUGUUGGGUCCAGACAGAGAUAAAAGCUCGUCCUUGAACAGACGGGACACUGGCACUCCAGUGUGUCAGAGUCAGAGCGGCACGGACAAACUGGGACGGUUCAUGCAGCGGGUUGGACAUCUAAUCAACAAAAACAAGUGACAGGAGAUAAACUCUCUCAGCUCAGGAAUAAAGUCUUUGUAUUGCUAACAUGUUUACAUGGCUACAGCAUGCAGCAUUGCUUCACUGACAGGGUCAUCUGGGGCUAAAACAGGAGAUGUGAUCUUAGUCAGAACUGGGAAGUACUAUACCUAUGCCUUAGGUUCUUACCAACAUGGUAUUAACCAUUAAUAUAUAUGCAGACAAGGGGAAAAAAAAGAAAAAAAGAACUGGGAAGUACAAGGAGACAGGGAUGCUCGUUUAUAGUUACAAAUAUUUCAAAAUAUGUUCAAUAUGGUGCAAGUCUUAUUCUUUCUCCAAGUUUAAAUGACCAUUUCAAUUUUCAGUAUCUUUAUGAAGACACAUACGGUGGCUUAGUGGUUAGCACUGUUGCCUCACAGCAAGAAGGUUCCCGGUUCAACUCCCGGGCCCGGCAGGGUCUUUCUCUGUGGAGUUUGCAUGUUCUCCCC